GCAUGGACAUCUUUCCCGUACAGAGAUCGUGUCGUUCUUCAGGUCAUAGGAUACAUCUGUAGCCUGGGUGGGUAGUUAGUUCAACUCACUUUAGGUUGACUGUAUUAGUUUGGUUCCUACUUAUUUUUUUUAAUUUAUAUUCUACAGUAGCGGUCCUCUGGGUACAUUUUCAAGAAGCUUCCCUGAAUCUAGGAUCCACAGGAAUCUCAACAUGGCAAAGUCUCUCAAGGAUAAAGUCUAUGUUUUGAUUUGUUGGGCUCUGAUGUUGAUGUACAGCGCUGCAGAGCGAGAGUACUUCUGGCAGUCGAGCAGACUCUCCUGGACGGGGGCCAGGAACCACUGCCAGGUCUGUUUCAAAGAACUGGUGACACUGACUCCUGAAAACAUCCAAACCAUCACCUGCAAACUCACCUCUGGGACUCUCUACUGGGUCGGCCUCCGCAAGAACUUCUCCUCGACCAGCAACUCCACCAGUAUGUCCUGGUCCCGCUGGGCCAACGGGGAUCCCCUCGCCUUCCAGAACUGGUACCCUGGCUGGCCUGUGUUCAAAUCCUCCUUCCCGAAAAGAGACUGCUGCAGCUGCUCCUGCACCUGCCCAACCAAGACAACCUCAACAAUGACAAGCACCACCGGCUUCACAGAAUUUAUGACCCCAAACGUGACAGGCUUUAGUGGACUCACUGAAGACCCAACUGGAGCCACGGAGAACGUAAACAGCUUCACCGACGCCACAGACCGAAACGUGCCCGUGACCACGCUGCUGCCAGUAGAAGCAGCAUGUGUGCGAUCGCCUAUGCUGCUGCCGGAUGUCCCCGACACUGAUAAGAACUACAUUGAAGACUCUUGUGUGGCCAUGCUCAGCUUUGGGGCUUGGGUUGAAAAGAACUGCUCGGAGCUUCUGCCUUUUAUAUGCUAUGAAGAUCGUUUCAUUGGCCAAGUCAACGUGGCCAACGUGACUAACGAGAGCGCCGUCCUAACAUGGCUACCCGGGCCUGGUAACAUCAGCCAUUACCGUUUAGAGGUCAAAGACGGCAAAAACCUGUCGGAAAAUUUGACUGAUUUGACCUAUGACCUUGUCGACCUGACAGCAGGCACCAAAUACUUUGUCCAGGUGUUCCCCGUUAAGUGUGACAGAAACCUCAACCCGCAGGAGGUGGCCUUCUACACCACACCUAACAAAGUCGAAAACCUCAAAGUCACCAAGGUGACAGAAACCUCUGUUUCCUUGAGCUGGAACAAAGCAGCUGGGAACGUGGAUUUCUAUCUCAUUCAGGUCAAGGAUGAGCAGAUUCAGAAUAAUACAGAAAGUAAGACAGAGGGCAUAGACGUCAACAAUUUGAUACCUGGAAGCCUUUACACAUUCACCGUAAAGUCAGGCGUUCAGGACAAGUCCAGAUGGAGUGAAGAAUCCAACAUCACGAAAUACACCAAGCCUGCGAAAGUGUCCAACCUGAUGGUGUCUAACAAUACCAACGACUCGCUGCAGCUUAGCUGGAUGCAACCCGUUGGAAAGGUCACGGGUUUCAGGGUGGUGGUUAGGAAAGCAAGGAACGCAAGUAAUGACAUAUUCUUGAAGGUGAAUGAAACAAAAGUGACAGUAACAGGGCUGCCGAUGGGCACCGAGAUAACACUCAGUGUGACAGCACUGACCAAUUGCACUGAGGAGGGAGACAACGUGACCGUCGUCAGCUACACCGCUCCUGGACCAAUUUCAAACCUGAAUUUGUUCACAACACAUGACUCCCUCAAUGCCACCUGGAUGUCUCCUGAGAGUGAUUAUUCGUUUUUCACUGUCAAGCUCCAGCUAGAUGGCACAGAUGUAAAAACAAUAUCCAACGUAACAGAACCUGAGAUGCGCUUUGACAGUCUAAAGAGUGCAGCCAAUUACACAGUGAUCGUCUACAAGGUUAGCGGACAUCUCAAGGGCCCGCCAGUGGAAAGCUCAAACUUCACCUUGCCGUUACCGCCUACUUUAGGCAAAGUCACUUCUUCCGGUAAUCAAAUCAUGAUAGAGUGGAAUCCCCCUGUCAACACGUCAACAGUCAACUACUCUGUCAAAAUCAGCUCCAGCUUCUGGGGCCACAACUUGUCUGAUACUGUGAACAAUACCAACCAUACAUUUUCUGGCUUGAAGUCAGGGACCAAGUACUACUAUGAAGUGCGAACAUUGGCGGGUGUAUGGUCAAGUACCCCACUAGCUGGGAAUCAGUGUACAGAUGCAGUGAAAAGGGACAUCAGUCUGUCUAUGUUGUGCUCUUCAGCAGAACCUCUCCUCUGUGAUCACAACUCCACUAAGGAAAGUGUAUUUGUUCAGUUGCAUGCAUAUUUCAACAAGCUGUUGGGGGACAAUAUUUUCUGGGAACUCACGAAGCAGGACACUGAAAACUAAGGAACAUAAAAGAUGUUUUUUUGUUUUUCUUUUAAUUGGUGUUGGUGAAGGUAUUUUAGAGUGUUUUCUGUCUUGUGUUUUUUUUCUUUUUUUUUGGGAAAUGUGUUAAUGUUAAGCCACUGUGUGUGAUACUUAGUCAAAACAGGUUAUAAUUUUUUUUUGUGAUUUUAAAUCUAGUUACAAUUCUUAAAAUGUGCAUUGACUGUCUUUUAUAUUCAGAAUUUUAAUUAACAGAAAUUUCAUUUCCACCAGGAAAAGGGAGAAAAAAAAAGAUGAAAGUCACGAUAAACAAAGAUAGUCGUAGAUCAAAAAAGUUUACUCAGUAAUUCCAAAUUAUGAGAUACAAAAAUUAUGAGAUAAUAAAUACAAAAUUUUGCUUACUAUGAGCAUUUUAGUUUCUAUUAUGCUUUUUAUCUGUUUUUUUCCUGGUGAAAAUGUGCUUCCAAAUGUGUGUCUGAUGUUAAUAAAGAAAACAACAAUAUGUUUUGAUUAUCUGGCAAAGUGGGAGAUCAUUUCUUCAGUGGAAAUUAAAGUUUUGUUCCAGUGUUCAAUAAAGUUUUCCAGCUGACUACACAUCACAGACCUCAUUGAAUAGAAUAUACAAUAUUAUUACACUAAUAACAAGGUUUGUUAAGGUGGACUCCAACUUUACUGCUUCCUCCAAGCACUUGUAAAUAAGACAAUAGUUUAAUAAUAUGGUUAAAUAAAUAAU